AUGUUGUCGGAGCGCGGCGCCCGCCUCCUAGUGCUGGACGGCUUCAAGUUCCGCCGGCAGUGCGACAUCGGCAUCAAGACCCGCUGGUGGUGCAGCACGCAUUACAACCGGGGCUGCCGCGCCGUCGUCUACACCAUCGGCCCGGAGGCGAUCCAUUGGAAGAACAUGCACAACCAUCCUCCGGCCAGAUUGGAGCAAUCGGCCCGCGGCGCGCCCAUCAUCACCAUCGGUGGAUACAGAUUCAGCCAGCACAAACGUAUCGGCGAGAAGACGCGAUGGUUCUGCGGAUCCCACCACAGCAAACGCUGCAAAGCCGUCAUAUACACAAUAGAGGACGAAAUCGUGAAAUGCAAUAACACACACAACCACCCCCCGACUCGACGCGACUCCUUUUUCACAAGCUACGAAGUAAUGAGACGAAGAGAAGUUCCAACACCACCCUCACAA